CUCACACACAUACACAUUAAAUUCAUUCAAAUUGACAUUGUUGUAAGCUUAGACUAGUGAUAUUAUGUUAAACAGUAUACUUUAUAAUUAGAAAUUUGUUCAACCUGAAUGAAAUCUGUUAUGAUUUCCCUGCCCAAAAAAUGUAUAUUUGACAUGAAAAAGAACCUCAACCAUAAUUUUUGCAUAUAAUUAAAAUCAUCCCAUAUCUAAAGUGAAACUACAAAUUAUACCAUUGUUUCAUACAUUAUUUAGUUAAGAUCGUAGAUUGUCCAGUAUGAAGCUACAAAUUAUAUUAAUCACAUAUAAUUCUAAUUAAGUUAAGAUUAUAGCUAAUCUAAGGUGAAGUUUACAGUUUGCAGAAUAAUCUAAGUUAGCCAAGGCUUUUCGCUUUGUGCCUUUGGUGGGACACACCAUGAAGAAUGAACGGCAGGAAGAGGACCAUAGACUGGAGGUGCGAGUAGCGGAGGACCGGGACUUUGAGCGGCUGAAGCAACUGUGUGACUGUCAUGAUGGCUGGUCCUUGGCCUAUAACCAUCCUCCAACCAAAGUUUGGACCAGACCAACCAAAAAUUCAACUUUUCAAAUGAUCAAGGUUUGCACUGUGUACACUGAUAUUGAUGCAAAUGUGUUGUAUGAUGUCCUCCACGACCCACAUUAUCGCCAGAUGUGGGACAAACACAUGAUCAAGUCUGUUGAUGUAGGCUACCUGAACCCAAAUAAUGAUGUCUCAUACUAUGCAAUUGCUUGCCCAGCACCUCUCAAAAACAGAGACUUCGUCCUGCAAAGGUCCUGGCUUGACACUGGUCGUGAAUUGUAUGUCUUGAACCAUUCUGUGUUCCACCACCAGUACCCUCCAAGGAAGGGUUUUGUUCGGGGCCUCUCACACCUCACUGAUGGUGAAGACAUUACAUAAGGCGUGUAUGCAGUACCUGACCUGGAAACCGCGCAACAACCCAAACUACAAGCCAUGGAUUUAUCCCGAGCAGAUCAGCAUACCUCGGAUAGCAUUCAGUCAGUGCACCAAGAGUCCUGCUGACGACAUGGUGGAAAUGCUUGAUGAGUCGGACAUUGACGAGAAGGCGUUGGAGCAGUUGAACCACAGCCAUUUUUAACCUGCUAAUGUCCAUAGACCGGCAAGAAGACAAUGUGAUAUCUUUAUAAAGUGAAGAUUUGUAAGCAGCAAAUGAUGAUAUAUAUGAAAUCACCAUAAGAUUGUUUUCAGGUCUUUUUAGCAUCAACCCACUACUUCACAGAAGGCAGGCUUUGAGAUCAAGAAAUUUUAGCAUUUUAUGAUAAAGAGUCAGUCUCUUGUUCUCUCUCUCUCUCUCUCUCUCUCUCUCUCUCUCUCUCUCUCUCUCUCUCUCUCUCUCUCUCUCUCUCUCUCUCUCUCUCUCUCUCUCUCUCUCUCUCUCUCUCGCUCGUUCCCUCCCUCCCUCCCUCCCUCCCUCCCUCCCUCCCUCAAAUUAGAAUCUCUUUAUGUAGAAAGCAGGACAACUUAUUUAUUCUAAUUAUUGAUAUGUUAUAUAUUUUUAUUUACAUUGGUAGUCAUACUUUGGGUAGAUAGGAUAAUUCACAAGUGAUUUUUUUUUUUUAUCUCUUAUUAGGGUAUUGGUAUAAUACUGUAUUUAACUUUUACGAGUUUUUGAGUUUCUCUUCUUCUCUUCAUUCUUUUGGAUUUUUUCUCUUUUCUCUUUUAUUUUUUUCUCAUCUCUUCUAAUCUCAUCUCUGUUUCUUUUUCUCUUGCCCUCUCUUCCUUUCCUUUCUGUCUUUUUUUUUCUGUAGCUCAGUGAUAGAUUUCACUUAGUUUUUAAAUCAGACCAAGCAAUUUCACUAAAUAUAUUAAUUUUAGGUAUGGACUAGUAUUCCUUUGUCUGUUUUUACCAAAUCUUAAAUAUCAAUAGAUUGCUGAUUUCUGGCCUGAUACGAUGAUAUAAAGUAUAUAUGUACUAUUUAUUUCCCAUAAUAAUGUUUUUGCUAUGGGUAAUUGUAUUUAUAGAUCUCUUUCUAAUGAAUAUCUUGAUUUCUUUUUUAAUUCCAAAAUAUUUGUAACCCAAUCACUACAUAUUUAUGUACCUGUUUUUUGUGAAUUUUGUUAAUUACAGAUGGCUCCACGUGUGCUCAUCCACCAAAGAGUCUAUCAGUAGGCCCUAGUGACUGCUGCUGAUUUCCCAAUGCCUUGAAAUUGUAGAAAAAUGCAUUUUCCUUUCUAAUACUAUCAAUAUCAAUACUGUUAUUAUUUUUACUGAUAUUAAGAUUAUUAAAUUGUUAUUAAACUUUUGGUUACAUUAAAGACAAUGAAAUGAUACAAAAGAAA